GAGCUUAAGGCUGCUGCAGACAGUGUCUUGUCUGAAGUAAGGAAGAAACAAGCAGACACAAAGAGGAUGGUGGACAUCCUGAGGGCGUUAGAAAAGCUUCGGAAGCUGAGGAAAGAGGCUGCUGCCAGGAAAGGUGUUUGUCCACCCCCCUCAGCAGAUGAAGCGUUUGAAACUCAGGUGGAGAGUCUCAAAACUUUGCUCAAAAAUCGCACAGAGCUGUACGAAGCUGAGGAGAGAGCAUUAAGGGUUAUGUUGGAGGGAGAACAGGAGGAGGAAAGGAAGAGAGAAACAGAAAAGAAACAGAAGAAGGAAAGGGAAAAACUGCUCCAGCAGAAGCUCGAAAUUGAUUCCAAGCUGUUUGGGGAUCCAGAUGAAUUUCCUCUAGCCCACCUACUGCAGCCCUUCCGAGAGUAUUACUUGCAAGCUGAGCAUUCUGUAGCAGCUCUAAUCCAGAUCAGGCACGAAUGGGAUCAGUACUUGGUGCCAGCUGAUCACCCUGAAGGAAGCAGCAUCCCUCCAGGAUGGGUUCUUCCAAGCCUCCCCACGAAUGACACCUGGGCCACUGCUGUCAGAUAAUUCAAUAAUAAAUUAUUUUAAAGAUGAAGAAAUGUUUCAUUAUUGUUCUGUGUGUAAAUGUGAGAGGGUCCAACAG